AUGUUCUCGCAAUCGCCCAUCAUGACUACCGCUCUUGAUCAGAAGAUCCCCGCCUUUGAGAACACCUUAUUCGACGAUAUUAUUCGCGUGACCGAUACCCUGCGCGCUACCUUCUGUUCCUACAAGACUAAGGAUAUAUAA